GUCAGAGUCCAGAGAGCUGAGAGGUCAGAGAGGGAACGACCAGCAGAAAGAAGCACAUCUUCGCGCAGCCCUCCCCUGAGGCUGCACUGCCCCACUAGGGGGGAUGAAGGCCUCCACGGCUGCCCUCUUCCUCCUCAUCCUCACCCUCACCAUCACUUCUGUUUCUCCCAGCCAGACGACGUUCAGUGUGAUUCCUGCAGAAAUGGUUGAGGCGGUGAACGUUUCGCACACCUGCUGCAUGAAGUACCAGGAGAGAGUACUGCCGAGGAAACUGGUGGCGGGGUACAGAAAGGCCCUCAACUGUCACCUGCCGGCCAUCAUCUUCGUCACCAAGAAGCAGCGGGAGAUCUGCGCCAAUCCUAGCAGCGGGUGGGUUCAAGGUCACCUCAAGGACCCCAACCUGCCUUUGCUGCCCCCCCAGGAACGUGCCCGGAUGAACCGGUUCGAUCGUAGAAAGACCAGCGGCUCCACGCCCCAUGACAACCAGGCCCCCGCGGGAGCCCCGGCUCAGGGGAGAAAGGGGUGACCCCAUGAGAAGCGAGGGCAGCCCUGUGGUCUGAAUGACACAGUCAGAUUCAGAGAAAUGAGCCAGUGAUACAAAAAAUAAUAAAAGUAUUUGAAACAGUU